AUGGAUGACCUUCCGCUCAAGGCACCGCUCUAUCAUGCUUAUUUUAGCAGAGACCGUCGUAUCUGGGCUUAUGUCAUACAAAUGGAAGGGAAAGGUACAGGUUCCAGCCAUGAAGUAGUAACGUCACCAAUCGAGCACUUCACCUGUGAACCACAUAGGGUCGUCUACGACGUUACCUUCCGGUUUGUCAACAAUAUCCGCACGAUGACGUUAGGCAAAGAGAGGUUUCAUGGUCGAGUACCUUGGAAGACAUUCGCGUCCAAUGGUUCUCUAUCUUCUACCUAUAACGAAACUAAUUACUGGGCCUACCAAUCUCUCGCCGAUGCUCUCGCUCAGCAUAUCAACGGCACUAUGUGGAUGCCUCGGAACAACGAACCGUCCACCGAUACCUUGCUAAGCUAUACUCCACUUGUGGGAUUCAUAACUACAGAGAACCCCAAUAAAACCGUGUUGGAAUUCGUCCUCUAUCCAAAACUCAACUUUCGAGAUAAGCUUGCUGAACUUGUCCGCAACUUCUCCAUCUCCCUACUCGCAGAGCCCAGUGUGCAUAUCUACACGACUCAACCGGGGGAGUGCCAGGUUACCAACUGGGUUUCCAGAUGGGAAUACAACAAGGUUCCGCUCUGGAUAGCAUACGGCUCAUUAUGUCUCAUUGGUAUGAUGGGUCUAAUUCUUGGCGCUUUUUCCAUCGGUUUCAAUGGUUGCACUAGCGACAUGGCGUUUUCCAAGAUUGUCUGCACAACUCGAAAUACUAGUCUAGAUCAAGCAGUUAUGGAUAGCCAUUUUGGAGUUCAUCCUUUGUCUAAGAGACUCUUGGAAACAAAACUUCGGUUUGGAGAGAUUGUUAGUGAGGGUCAUGCUGGGUUUGGGCUUGAACGCCAGGUCACUACACUGGAGAAGGGAAGAUGUGAGCCUAGGCUAGCAUAG